AUGGCGGACGAUCUUCUGCCGGCCACGGUGGACGAUGUGCUAACGAAGUUAAUGGCCGCCAAUCAGUUUGGUAUAGACGUUCUUGUAAAUCUAGAGAAACAGUAUGAGGAGGAUAAUGUUGUACUCGAGGAAGUUGCUCCCAAAACGGCCAUGGAGGUUGAAGAUAACCCUGACCCUGCCGGAAGUGAAGUUUUGACGGCCGACGAAAAUAUAGCGGAUAAUGAAGAUGAAGGAAUUUCAGAGACUAAGAAGCGUAAAGUAGUUGCAGAGAUCCAUUCUUCUCCACCCAAACCUGCUCCUAGGUAUCAUCAGGUGGAGUCUUCAGCGGAAUCAUCAGCGCCAGGAAUUAAUUCCUCACAAGAUAACUCAAAGGUAAAAGAAAAUAUAGAAACAGGAACAGAAGAAGAAGAGGAGGAACAAGUUGAAGUGGUGACUGCGCAAUCAAGACCUGAAACUGUUCCAUCAUGUGAAGAAGCUCGUCCUAGCAGAUCAACCAGGACUAAACAGAGAGGACAAGAGGACAUGAAUACAUCACAGGAGACCUCUAAACCUUCUCGUUCUACUCGAACCAAACUACGUAACCCAGAACCUGAGACUGUUGAACCUGAACCCGUAGAUCAGAACCCAGAUAAACCUACUAGGUCUACCCAAACUAAACAAAGGAACCUGGAACCUGUUGUUCUCGCAGAAGUUGUUCCCGAAACAGCCAUGGAGGUUGAAGAUAACCAUGACCCUGCCGGAAGUGAAGUUUUGACGGCCGACGAAAAUGUAGCUGAUAAUGAAGAUGAAGGUAGAAUUGAGACCUCUAAACCUUCUCGUUCUACUCGAACCAAACUACGUAACCCAGAACCUGAGACUGUUGAACCUGAACCCGUAGAUCAGAACCCAGAUAAACCUACUAGGUCUACCCGAACUAAACAAAGGAACCUGGAACCUGAGACGGUUGAAACCGAGUCUUUGGAUAUAGAAUUAGCUAACCCCGUCCGUUCUACCCGUACUAAACAGAGGAACCUAGAGAAGACUGCAGAACCUGCAGAGCAACGUUCCACUCGAACAAAACAACGGGUUCUAGAAGCCGAGUCUAGUUCCUCGGUGACUAAUGAUGAACCGUUGAGGCGGAACACGAGGACGAAACAGCGCCUUCUGGAGAGUGGGAGUGAAGGAAGUGAUAAAGAAGGACUAACUAGAGCCCUCGCUUCUCCCAGAGUUAAAGAACUUGCUCUUAGAGCACUUUCUCCUGGUGGGAAGAACAUGCCCUCCCCCAGACAACAUGCGUUUGCAGGAUCUCCCAUCAAAGAACGAGUUCAUCUGUUCGAGGCAGCUAUGCGGGACUCGGCUGGUUUAGGGCGGAAAGAUCCGCUCCGCCGGUCACAGAGUGGUCGGAUGACGAAACAGAAACGGUCAUCGGUCACAAACAGUCUUCGUCGAGUGUCAGCGAGCAAAAGGAAAGGUGAAAGUUGUGAGAACCAAAAGAAGAAGUUACAUGGGUUUGAGAAAGCUCCGACAGAGAAGAUGAUCAGACCAAAAAAGGUGUUAGCAAGUGGAGGGCGGGGUGUAAGUCCUGCUGUCGGGAGCGGUAAAUCAGGUUUUGGUUCUGGGUCUACCUCAGCUUCCUUGAACAAGAUUAGGAGUAGACUUGACACAAUUAACAAGGGUGGACCAUCUAAUAUGAUAAAAGCAUCAGGAUUGAGUUUGGCAGGAUUAAUCACUGGUGUUAAACCUAAACCUCCAACUAUAGAGGAGAUACAGGAGCAGAAGGAGGAGGAGUUAAGGAGGAAGCAUGAGAAGGAGGAGGACGCUUUGAAGAGGAGAGAAGAGCACUUAAGGAAGAGAGCUGAGGAACAGAGAGAGAAGAGGGAGGAGAGGGUUAGGCGGGUUCAGGAGGCCAGGAUGCAGAAGGAGAAUCAGAAGGAAUCCAACCUCAAGAAAACCCAGGCGAAAGAAACUGAAGAAAAGCUUGCUGCUAUCAAGAAGAGAGAAGAGAAGUUAAAAGAAGAAGCGGAGAAGAAAAAGAAGGAAAAUGAGCAAAGGAACAAGAUGGCGGAGGAAAGAAGAAAGAGGGAGGAGGAGGAAGAAAAGAAGAGAAGGAUGAGGGAUGAGGAGGAGAGGAAGAUGAGGAAGAUGGAGGAGAAGAGGAAGUUGGAGGAAGUGAAGAGAACAGAACAACAAAGGAUAAUGAGGGAAAGAGAGGAAAUGAGAAAACUUCAAGAACGAGAAGCUGAAAAACAAAAGGUGACCGACUUGAAUUCUACAUACGAUAAAUCUGUAAACAAGAAUCAGACCUUUAACACUACUCAGACCAUCAACUCAUCACAGGUGACCGACUUGAAUUCUACCUACGAUAAACCUGUAAACAAGAAUCUGACCUUGAACACUACUCAGACCAUCAACUCGUCGCAGAGUACUCAGUCCUACGACAUGACCCCAGCUAGGAUUGAUCUUCCUCCUCAACCCUCGAGGACCGAGGACGAUUAUGGUCUAGACGACCUCAACUCAGGAGAUGAGACGGACGAGGAUGAUAAUCCUAGAAAAGAGGUACCACAGUGGGCCCAGGGGUCUGUUCUUCGUUCUGCUUUACUCAAGCAGAACUAUGUGCCACCUAACUUAGAACUCCUGUUUGGAGACACCAUGGAGAUGCCAGAUUUAUGCAAAAUCUUCGAUCAGCAGAAGAAAAGAUUUUUCAAGCGGACGAGUAGCGCAAAUUGGACAUCUCCUGGUGAAUUUUCUAAAUCCCGACUUCACAAUUAAACUUGUGAUAUCCUUACUGUUUUUAUUCAGGAAACAUUUUCAUACUUUUACCAAGCCUUAAUUUACUAUUUUUUUAUUGAAGAGGAGUUUUUUAUUUGGAAUUUUCCUUAUUCAUUAAAAGCAUGUUACUCACCACUAAUGGGCUUAUUUCAAUAUUUUUUGUGGUAUUUUAAUCUGUUCUAAUGUUUCUCAACAAACCCAACUUUUGGCAAAAAUACUUAAAGAAGAACUUUGAUAAUUAAUUCCUAAACGUUUUGGAGAAAUCUUAGACAUUUUCAAUAAGAACCCCUUAGUUUUAAUUUUUUAACUACAUGCCUAAACUUUGUAUAUUUAGGUUAGUUUAUUACUAUCACUAUAUUCAAUCUGUUUUAAAUAUGAUUAUGAACCAAUUAUCGAACUAAUUAACUGUGAAAAUAACCGAUCUGAAUUUCUCCAUUCGCCUGCGUUUGCGAUUAGAACGUUAAAUGACAAGUCGCGUCUGAAAAUUAACACCAUUGUCCUGUUUGCAGAUAUUCAGCUUCGAACAAUAAAUGUAGAAAAAUUGUCAGUUUAAAGUUUAUUUGGAACAAAUACAUGUAUGAUUAAAUCUUUA